AUAGUGACUAAUUUGUUGUAGGAGGGGGAUCUGAAUCAUCUGAUCUGAAUUGAAAUAAUUAUGAAGUAAAAAAAUUACUGAAGGGCUGAUUCUCAUUUCAAAAUAUUAUGAUUUCCUUUUCGGUUCUACUGGUUGUAAAAAAUAAUAGGGUAUCCAAUUAUUAAUCAUCAUUGGUUGGAGCCUUUACCUGGGCCCGAUUUAGUAUACUGUCUGAAUUCUUUUCAUUGAUUUAAUUAUAAAUAAUAUAGAAUAUCCAUUCAGAAAUUUAUUCCGCCAAAUGUAAAUUGCUUUUUCAACCUCAUAACUUUAUUUCAAGAUCAAAAACCUAAAUUUCCUGUAGAGAGAAAAGAGCUUUCUACCCACUAUAAUACUAGAAACAGGAAUGGUCGAAAUGUUGGAUAAUGGUGGGGAGCUAACAGGCUCGGCCAAUCGUAGACAGUGUUUCAAAGCCUGUCUCGCGCAUGAAUACCAUUUCUCCAAGCUCCCAGUCUACUGAUUCAGUUGGCAGUGAUUAGAGUGGAACACCUUCUUUCACUUCUAUGUGUUGACGUUACGUUAGUGAAAAUUGAACGAAAACUUUCUGUGUUACGGAUUAUAUUCAUAAAUUAUGGCUUCUGGUGUGACAGUAUCAGAUGUUUGUAAAACAACAUACGAAGAAAUUAAGAAAGAUAAGAAGCACAGAUACGUAGUCUUUCACAUCAAAGAUGAGAAACAAAUCGAUGUGGAAUACAUAGGCGACCGCAAUGCUGCCUACGAUGCUUUCCUAGAGGAUCUGCAGAAGGCGGGAACUGGCGAAUGCCGCUACGGACUGUUUGAUUUCGAAUACACGCAUCAAUGCCAAGGCACAUCUGAGGCUUCAAAGAAACAAAAAUUGUUCCUCAUGUCUUGGUGCCCUGACACUGCCAAAGUCAAACAGAAGAUGUUGUACUCUUCUAGCUUCGAUGCCCUCAAGAAGUCCUUGGUGGGAGUUCAGAAAUAUAUUCAGGCAACGGACCUGUCUGAAGCAUCGCAAGAGGCAGUGGAAGAGAAGCUGCGAUCAACCGACCGACAGUAGAGCAUCCCCUCCCCUCAUCCAUUCGGCCUCCCUUCUUGAGUCUUGAUGACGAUAAACAACCAUCAACUCCGCUCUGCGUUCGACCAUCUAGUCUCAUGAUGCAGGCCCUAAAUGCUUAGCGGAUCAUCGCCAACUCACUCUCGACAAUUAUUCUGCAAAUUUAAUAUUAAUAUUUUGUAUCAAUUUUUAUUUAAAAAAAUUAAAUGGUUGAUUGCGAGCAGGGGUCUGAAUUUUUACAGUCCAUACAUAAUAUAAAUAUAUAUGAAUAUUUCUCCAUUCAUGAUGACGUUGAUAAAUAUGCGUUUUUGCGAAUUUUGAGCGAGUCAAACUAUUGUAAGAAUAUCCUGAUUGAGUAAUGUUGUAAGCUUCAUUUCUUUGUAAUUGAAUGUGUAUAUGUCGUAGUUCAUUGCUCAUCAUCCUAUACAUUAAAAUAAUUUUUUAGAGUUGAUAGACAAAUUUCAUAAUACUAUUUGAAAAAGUAGUCACUUUUGAAAUAGUCUAUUCAAUCCUCAUUGUGACAGUUAGUUUCAUUCGAUAUAUUAAACUUUGUGUAUACUAUUUAUAUAAAAAUAAAUCAGAACAGCUUUUGUAACUUGAAUCUUGAAUUUUACACGUCAUUUGGAAUACUAUUUUGUAUACAUAAUUUAUUUCCGUUUUUCAUUUAAAGGUGUAAUACGUUUUUUAUAAUUAUUUAUUCAUUAAUAAAUAUUUUCUUAGGAAAUUCCAAAGGUUAUAAAAUUGAUGGAAAAGUAUUAUUAUCAUAAUAUUUAGAACCAAGAUGGUUCUGUCUACUACAUUGCAUCGCAAUAUAGACAUAAAUCAUAAUGCUUAGUAAAAUAUAACCAAUAAAAUUGAACAAAGAAAUGUUUUAAUGAAUUUUAAAAAUUUCUUGGAUUUGUAACUGCAGUAAUUAUAUCAUGGAUUUGAAUAUAAAAAAUAAAGAAAUUUGGGUCACAA